GCUCAGCUCUCAUUAUAUAUUCCUCCCUCUGUUGUAUAAUUGUGUUCACCAUCUCCGACACAACUACACCCCUAACCACCACACCCUUUGCUCGAGUUAAAAUACGUUUCUCCGAUCUUAGUUAUAGACCUCUUCCUUUUUGUUUAUCUUUUCUUCCUGAUACAGUAUAAUCCUAAGCAGUUGAUUGCUUGUUGGUUCGGGAGGUUGAUUGCUCGUUAAUUUUGCACCACUCAUAAUCAGGAAAACUUUCACCGACUGUUAAGAGGAAUAAAUACGAAAAUUUGUGAAGAUUUUAGCCAUGCCUAAAGAACUAGGAGUUCUAAAUGCAUUGGACAAUGCAAAGACCCAAUUGUAUCAUUUUACGGCAAUUGUGGUUGCUGGAAUGGGAUUCUUUACUGAUGCGUAUGAUCUUUUUUGCAUUUCUCUUGUAACCAAGUUACUUGGCCGCAUAUACUACACAGUUCCAGGCUCACUAACACCAGGAACAUUGCCUCCCAAUGUAGCAGACUCUGUGAAUGGUGUCGCAUUUUGUGGUACCUUAGCUGGGCAGCUCUUCUUCGGUUGGCUUGGUGACAAGUUAGGCCGCAAAAAGGUCUAUGGAUUAACCCUUCUUCUCAUGGUUAUUUGUGCGAUAGCCUCGGGGCUCUCCUUUGGACAUUCCGCAAAGGGUGUCAUCGCCACAUUGUGUUUCUUCCGAUUCUGGCUUGGCUUUGGUAUUGGUGGUGAUUAUCCCCUUUCUGCUACGAUCAUGUCUGAAUACGCUAAUAAAAGGACUCGUGGGGCAUUUAUUGCCGCAGUUUUUGCCAUGCAAGGGUUUGGAAAUUUGACUGGUGGAAUUGUUGCUUUAAUAGUUUCUAGUGCCUUUGAUCAUGCGUACAAGGCUCCUACAUAUGAACAAAAUGCAUCAGCAUCUGUGCCAGCCCAAGCUGAUUACGUUUGGCGCAUAAUUGUAAUGGUUGGAGCUCUCCCUGCAGCCCUCACUUACUAUUGGCGAAUGAAAAUGCCUGAGACAGCUCGUUAUACUGCAUUAGUUGCCAAGAAUGCACAACAGGCUGCACAAGAUAUGUCUAAGGUAUUACAAGUGGAUCUCGUAUCAGGACAAGACAAGUCAGAGAUAGAGAUACUUGCUCAAGAUGAUCGUAAUUCCUUUGGUUUGUUCACUAAGGAAUUCGCGAAACGCCACGGGCUUCACUUGGUCGGAACUGCUGUUUGUUGGUUCUUGUUGGACAUUGCCUUCUAUAGCCAAAAUCUAUUCCAAAAGGAUAUCUUUAGCGCUAUUGGUUGGAUUCCAGCUGCAAAAACAAUGAGUGCUAUUCAAGAGGUUUAUACAGUUGCAAGAGCUCAAACACUAAUAGUAAUGUGUGGUCUAAUUCCUGGGUAUUGGUUUACAGUGGCCUUCAUUGAUAUUUUGGGACGGUUCGCAAUCCAAUUGAUGGGGUUCUUUUUCAUGACAGUCUUCAUGUUUGCUCUUGCUAUCCCUUACCAUCACUGGACCCUAAAGGAAAACCGAAUUGGGUUCAUUGUGAUGUACUCCCUUACCUUCUUCUUUGCAAAUUUUGGACCAAAUUCAACCACAUUUAUUGUACCAGCAGAAAUAUUUCCUGCAAGGCUUAGGUCCACAUGUCAUGGAAUAUCAGCAGCAGCUGGAAAGGCUGGUGCAAUAGUUGGGGCCUUUGGGUUUUUGUAUGCUGCACAAAGCACGGACCCAACACAAACUGAUGCAGGAUACCCACCAGGUAUUGGAGUAAAGAAUACACUCAUUGUGCUUGGCUGCAUCAACUUCUUUGGAAUGUUGUUUACCUUCUUGGUUCCAGAAUCCAAGGGAAAAUCGCUCGAAGAAUUGUCGGGAGAGAAUGAGGAGGAAAGUGGAGAGACAGAGGAGCCUCAGACCUCCUCUAGGACUGUUCCUGUUUGAUUUGGUCAGCUUAUUUCCCACAAAAUUUCAUACAACUUUGUCAAUAUACAAUAUAGUGCAAACCAAGAAUGAUGUGGAUUUUUUCUUCGGAUGCAAAUUUGUUAUCUAGUAGCAAAUUGCUCUUGGUUUCCAAUUUUUUUUUUAAAAAAAUUUGUGUGUGGAUAAAUUUCAAAUUAAUAAGUUGGAAUCAUUUCAUUGUUAUUUUAUCUCAAAGCAUAUAUUACAUUAAGGUUGCCUAUGGCUUCACCUAAAACUAAA